AUGGCAGAUGCUGAGUUCGUCAAGAGGAUAUUGCGGGCUGUCCUCCAGUCCAGCAAAGACGGCGUGUCAAUUGACAACCUUCAGUCAGAGUACCGGUCACUGUGUGGAGAGAACAUCCCACUGGAGAAGCUGGGCUUCUCAAAGCUCGAGGACUACCUCAGAAGCAUUCCCUCCGUUGUGAAACUUGAGCACAGCAUGGGUCAGUUACAGUGCUUAGCUGCAGUGUAUGAGGAGACUGCCAACAUUGCUGAAUUGGUUGCCAGGCAGAAAACCUCGAAGAAAUCUGGUCGCUCCCAGCUUGUGAACUGCAAGAUGAGAUUCAAGCCUCCCAACGCAUACAUGCUCAAUGUGAGGCCAAGGACUUCACUCCGCCAACCUUCAGCUCAUAGUAAAUGUUAUUCACCAAAAAACCGUUCUUGGCCCUAUGGUGGCUAUAGAGGUUUCAGUGCCUCAGGGGACUACAGGAAGUUGGACCAAGGUUUAAGCUCCAUCACACCAGUUGAACACCGACAACCAGCUCCUCAACCAGCUUUAAAACCAGCAUGUGUUACACCUAACAGGAAAGAGAAGAACUUGAUGAACUCCAAAAACUCCAAAGAAGUGAACCUACAGCGAGUAUCUAUUCCCAGCCAAUCCCAGGAUAGUGAGUAUGACGUGGAGCUGGUGCAGAGUCAAAUAAGUCAGCUCCUGGAGAAGUACUACAGUGGACUGUGGAUGUCAAAACUCUCAGAACUCUAUUGUGAUAUGUUCAGUCAGAACCUCCAUCCUCAGGUGCUCAGGGACAUGGUAAAGUGGACACACGUGUGUAUGGUGGAGCAACUUUCCACCAACCGAGCCGACCGGCUGGUCUACCCUCCUCUGCCUACCAAGAAAUCUCCUGGUUCUUUAAAGAGCACCACCAGCACUCCACAAGCAUCGCCCAACAAUUUAAGCACUACCAGCACACAUUUUUCUUCAUGUCCCUCAACACCUGAAAGCCCUUGUACACAAGUUACAUUCAGUCCCACUUCUGAUUCUACACCAUGUCCUCCAUCAAAACCGUGUGCUGUUGUCUCAGCUGAUGUUCGUCAGAAAAUAAAGGAGCUCCUUUCCAAAUACAGCCAGGGUCUGUGGGCCCAUGCUUUGCCCAAACUUUUUAUGGACACAUACAAGGUGCCAUUCCCUGAGCAUGUGCUGGACAACUUGUCUCUUUUGCUUGAUAUAUGCAAUGUGGAGUACCCCUUGCCACAUGACAAGAAGAAGGCCAUCCUCUACAAAUCAAGCAGAGCAGACAUAAAACCCACAGACGGUCGAGAAAACCAGCAGGGUAUAAGGCAUCCUCUUCCUUCUGGUCUGAAGGUCCUGAGUCCUGUGGUUCCUCCCUCUUUAGUUCUUCCCUCAGUGCAAUACCCAUCAGUGCUGGUUACUGAAGUCAAGACCACCAAUGCCGUUACUGUAAGGUAUGUAGGUGAGAACUACUCCAACGCCCAGGAAGCCAUGGAGGAUGCCAUGCAAUCCUUUUACAGCCAAAGCUCCAUUCAGCAUCCUGUGUCUAAUCCCAUUGUUGGUCAGCUUGUAGCCGUCAGAGGUGAGGAUGGAGCUGAGAUGGCCAGAGGACAGGUCUUAGAGGUCACAGGCCCCAACAAGGUCAAGGUUUACUACAUGGACUAUGGCUUCUCUGUAGAGACUAACAUGAAAAAUCUGCUGGAACUACACAGGGACUUUCUUUCCCUGCCCUUUCAAGCCACUAAUGUUCAGCUUGCAGGCCUAGAAGGAUUCAGCUCCCAUCCAUUGGUGCUCUCACUUAUGGAUAACGUGGCAGUUGGAAAGAUCCUGCUGAUGGAAACAUUAGAGCCAUGCCAAGAGAGUGAAGUACCUACAGCAGUACUUUAUGAUACUUCACAGGAUGACGACCUCAACAUCAACUCCGCCUGCCUGAAGGCUCUACAGGACAAGACCAUGAACAACCCUCUGUCUGUAAAUGUUACCUAUCAGGAUGUGUCUGUCACAAAUGUGUGUCAAGAUGGCACCUUGUACUGCCAGCUCCCUUCCCGUGGAACUGCAAGACUGAGCAAGUUACUAGAAGAAACAGAGGCCUACUUCAUUUCCCAGAUGACAUCUGAGUUCCUGGUGUCUAGGCCCUUCAUUGGCAAGUUCUGUCUAGCUCGCUACAAAGGAAAAUGGGCCAGAGUGGAGAUCACCAACAUGUACGGUAACAGAGUGAUGGAGAUUUCCUUCAUUGACUUUGGUGUCCCAGCAACAGUAGAACUCACUGAUCUUCGGGAGAUCCCCCCUCUUUUUUUGAAAGACUUCAUCAUCAUCCCACCACAGGCUAUUAAAUGUCGCCUAGCUGACCUUCCUGUUCCUGAGGGAGACUGGAGCCAAGAAGCCAUUCUGUGGGUGAAGGAGGCUGUUAUGGGCUCUGAAGCCUGUAAAAUGAAGAUCUUGAAACUAAACCAGGACACAAAGGACACACUUGUCUAUAUGUAUCUUUUCACUGGCGUUGACGGUCAGCAGUUGGACGAGAGCAUCAACCAUCACUUGGCCCAGUCAGAGUUGUGGAAGAAGCUCACAAUGCAGAACAAUAACACAAUCACCAGUUGCAACAUGAAUACAGGUAAUGGUCUCACUCCUGUGAUGGAGAGGUCGUCUCUCAGCAGCUCAGUCUCGAAUCCUACAGAUCCCACUGUGAAGGCUUCACCCCAGCUACGUCACAUAGCAGGGGGCGGGGAUGCUCCCACCAAAACUCAGACGCAACUACUUCAGCUGCCACCUCUGCUGGAUCUCCCCUUGCCUGGUCAGAAUAUAGAUGUGUUCGUACCAGUGGCAUGCCACCCUGGUUACUUUGUGCUGCAGGCUUGGCAUGACCUGCAUAAGCUGGUGGUGUUGAUGGGGGAGAUGAUGCUUUAUUACAACCAGACAGGGAAGACCAACCCAACCACCACCAUCCAGAAAGGAAACAUCUAUGCUGCCAAGAUAGACAAAAAUUGGCACCGUGUGAAGGUGAAGGGGAGUCUUUCCAAUGGCUUGGUGUCUGUCUACCAGCUGGACUACGGUAAGCAUGAGCUGGUCCACAGUACGCUCAUCAGGCCCUUAAUAGAGGAGUUCAGACAGCUGCCCUUUCAGGCUAUGACUGCACAACUUGCAGGUGUAACACAGCACCAAUGGUCAGAGGAUUCCUCGAUGUUAUUCAGAAAUCAUGUAGAGAAUCGUGCACUGGUCGCAGUGGUGGACAGUGUGCAAGAUGUGUCGGAGGUCAAAGGUGAGCCUUGGGAGCGCAGGUUGACAGUUUACCUAGUGGACACCACAGUGGAUGAUCAGGACCUUUGGAUCCACACAGUUAUGACUGCGAUUGAUGCCGAGCUCUCUUGAACUUCCUAG